CCGAUCCCUUAUUUUCCCAUCGGUGCCUGAACUUAUGCGCUCCUCAAGCGCCAAAAGCAACAAAUUGAGUCAUAUUUUAAAUUUCUCUCUAGCUGGCUUCGAAGGAGGAGCACGCAAAAAGCUCUAACACACACAUAGAUGGCGGCCUCAUCGCCGGCCCUAACCAACAACGCUAGCACCAGCUCGGCGCUCCGCACGGACACGCCGCCGAAGACCCUUCGCGGGCUUAACAAGCCCAAGUGUCAGAUAUGCGGCAAUGUUGCUCGCUCCAGGUGUCCAUUCAAGUCAUGCAAGAGUUGCUGUUCAAGAGAUCAAAAUCCUUGUCCUAUUCACGUUUUGAAAGCCAAUGCAACUGUUCCAGACAAGACGCCCAGUUCAAGCACUCCUAUGUUUGACCAGCAGGCAACUGAGGCAUCUCCCUCAGGAUCUACACUAAGAGUUGCAUCACUUCGGCAACUUUCCAACAAUUUUGCCCAGUUCAAUAAUGUGCAAAUUCCACUCCGUUCGAGAAAGCCGUUGACUAGAAAGGAUGCUGCUGCAAUAAAUGAUUGGAGAUUUUCCAAGUUCAAGGAAUACAAGGACAGAAACAUUGAAGUGGAGAAUGAGGCUUUUGACCGAUACAUGCAGAAUAUCGGUUUACUAGAAGAAGUAUUUUCUGUGAAAUCUAUUCUUGAAGAUUCCAUUGAGAAUGAGUCCUCUGUAUCAAACCCUAACCCUACUUCUAUGGAGAACAACCCGGAGAUGAUGGUCUCAGGACUGAAGUUGCAGCUACGAUCAAACUCGAUAAGAACAGAUAACUUCAGACGGAGGAUACAACAAAUUGUUGAUCAGGGAUUAAAGAAGCUUCAGGAGCCUGAGUUGGAUGAUGGAGUUAAUGAUCUAAGUGACCAAGAUGAACCUAAAGAAGGACCAAAAAAGGCUAAAAGUUGGAAGACUCAGAGGGCUUUGGCUAUAAGUGAUCUCAUUGAUAAGCUGAACAAAGCCCGGAAUGAGGAGGACCUGAGAUCUUGCUUGGACAUGAAAUUCCAGCUCUUUAAUCGGGACACAUCUAAUCAAACAGAAAUUGAAGAUGCUGAUCCAAAGGAUCAGAUUCCUCAAAUUCAUUCUGAACCCAGCAAAGAAUUGCAAUAUUCUUCGAAAAAAUUGAUUAGCAAUACAGAAAUUGAUCAAGAGACUCUCAACAGGAUUGAUGACCAUUUCUCUUCUCUUGAACAGAUAGAAGAUUUAUGAUCUGUGGGGGUGAAUUUUCAACUGGGGACAGACUUAGGUUAGCUUAUCUAGAGGAUUAAAUGUCUCAAGGUGAUUAUGAAAUAAUGUAGUAUGAUGUGUAAUAUAGUGACUUGUAAUUUUCUAAUUUUCUUCCUCCAUUCCCUCUAAUGCAAAUCUCUUUAUGGGUUUUCUUUGGUGCAAA